AGUAUUUGGCUUCUCCCUUUGCUUACAUAGCCUAAAAUCUUUAUUGAAACGCGUGUACCGGCUAUGCUAUAGCUUGUAGCCGGUAUGGUUUUAUGAGUGAUUGCGCGAGAUCAACGAAUUAACGGUAAUAAUGGCACGCUCGGAAAAAAAUGAUAUCACUAUCAGGGAAAUGAUGGAUGACAGUGCAGCAACUGGAGUAAUUUUGAAAGCGAACGAACCAUGGCGAGAAGCUAAAACGAAGCUCUACUAUGACUUCUUGCAAAGUAUGCAGGCACACUUUUCUGAAACACAGAUUUUCGAUACGAUCGCAGAUUUCAUACAGAAUUGUGCGGACACAUUGGAUAUAAUGAGAGAUAUGCAAUCAAAAGUUGAGAAUACAGAAAUAGCUCAAGAGGAGAUUUCUUUGGAGAGCGAAAGAAAUACGUGGAGACUAAUAUAUUGUCUUUAUCAAAAUCGUAUAAGUAGUGCUGGCUUAGCUACUCAAAUGGAACAUGAUGGAAAUAUAAACAAUAAUUAUAUUUCUGAAAAGAAUGUUAUAGAAAAUUUGUAUAAAACUGAGAGCUAUAUUAGGGAAUAUCAAUUGAUUAUUGACUGGUUAGAGAAGAAUGCUCUAGAUCAAGCAGAUAGAUAUCCAUCUAUAGAACUUUUCACUGAUAAGACAGUGGCUUGGGAAAAUACAGUUCAUCAGUUGCAUAAUCAAAAUUUAGGAAUUGCAUUUAGUUCAUCUAGACCACUAGUAUCGUUUCUUGAUCCUGAUGCACCAAUACGAGAGGGUAGACAAUUACAUGAUCUAGAUAGAGAAGAUGAUGCCAGACUUGAAAAAAGAAUGUUUAUAGAGGUACGUUGUGGACGUCUUCAAAAAGCACAAGCAUUAGCUAUGCAUUGCGGUCAACUUUGGAGAGCUGCUUGUUUAUUGGGUUGGAUUCCUAAUCAUGAUCCAAAUUAUAAUAAUCCUUCAACAGAUACCAAAUUACCAAUUGAAGGGAAUCCCAAUAGGAGUCUUUGGAAGAUGUGUGCUUGGGAAUUGUCUCAAGAUAAACGCAUAGGUAUAUUUUAUCGCGCUAUAUACGCGAGUCUUUGUGGCAAUGUCCAACUACUACUGCAGAUAGCAUCAUCUUGGCAAGAUGCAUUAUGGGCAUAUAUGAAGACUCUUUUAGACAUCAAAGUCGAGUCAGCACUAAGAUUAAUGAUGCUGAAAAUGUAUACUACUAUGCCGGAAGAAUAUUGGAAAAAUGAAAUCUCAUUAGAGGACGCAUUCAAAGAAUUGCAUGCGUCAAAAAAUCCAAUAAUACGUGCCCAAUCUAAUAAACCUGAUCAUUUAAUACAAAAAUAUAUAAUAUUAGAUCAGAUACCAAAACUGAUGGAGGAAAUUGAAACUAUGAUUGAUGUCGGCGUUUGCGAUUCGCAGUUCCUCAGAUUUCUGGCACAUCUAAUACUGUUCUUCAGACAGAUCGGGAGAAGUACAAAAGAUAAAGUAGAGGACAAAGUAUUAUUGGCGUAUGUUCGUGUUCUUAUAGAAAUAGGCGACUCGACUUUAAUAGCGUUUUAUACAGCUACAUUGCCUCAAGAAGAACAAAUAACCAACUAUGCUCGUUAUUUAGAGAGUGUUAAAGAAUAUGAACAGCGCAAGAGAUGUUUACGCGCGGCAGAGGAUGCAAACUUAAAUGUAGAAGCGAUCACGAAAUUAGUAGUGGAAAAUAUACGUAAGAAAAACAUGGAAUCCGAUCCAAUGGAUCUGAAAGGAACUAUAACCGACGCAGAUAUGGAAAAGAUUAAUGCAUUAGAUUGGUUGAUUUUCUAUCAGAAUCAGAGAGAAGAAGCUUUACGGCAAACAAAUGCGCUCAUAAGAUAUUUUCUAACUAAAGAGAAACUUGAUGCGGCGCGAAAAGCAUUUAAUAAGAUCCCGUCAGAUUCAAUUGAAUCGGUUAUGGCCGAAUACUCGGAUAUGGAAUGCACACUUGCAAAUCUUACAAUAACUAAUAAUCUGUCCAAACAAGCGGCUGCCUCGAUAAGAGAAUACCUCUGUUAUAAGACAUAUCUUGAUGCUCAGGAAGGUUUCGAUGAAUGGUUCUCUCACUAUCAUCAUGGCAAACCUGUGCCACCAGAGGAAUUGUCGACAUAUGCCACCUUCACGGAAAAAGUCGCGUAUGAUCAUAGAAAGGCACAAUACAAUACAGAAUUGGAAAGGUGGAAAUCUACGAUGCAGCAUCAUACAAAGGCUGUGAAACAAUUAUUAUUUAAUGUUCUCUUGUUCCCUGAUGGUGGUUGGCUCGUCGAUUCCAAGAACAGCAACGGUGAACCGUGCACGUCUGAAAAUGAGCUUAGGGAACAUCAAUUGGAGAAGCUGCGUGAGCUUUGUAUUCCUAAAGUUACGCUUUUACUACAUUCGGUUAUGUCUGAAAUGAACGAGCACGACGGUUGUAUUCAACUAGCAGAUAUACUGGCUUCCGAGCAACAUCAACUUUAUAAAGUAUUCUCAAAAGGAAGAUUACGCGAAAUAUUCAAAAAAAUCUGCGAAUCUUCUCUCGUUCUAAUGGAUCAAAAGAAAGAUCCUUGGGGAUAUCCAAAAUAGAUUUUAAAUAUAUAAUUUGUAGUUUUAAAUACAUAUAUUGUUUAUAGUAUAUAUACUAUAUGAAAAAAAAUGUAUAUGUACAUGAUACGUUAUUUAUAUUACAGAACAUUUUUUAUAGCCAUCGCGCAUUAAACAGAUAUUAAAUGCA